CCCUGCCUCUCACACUGGACAUCCCUUCGCACUGUUCCUGCACGAUCGAUCGAGUAGCUAGCUAGCUACUACGCAGCUUUGCUUAUUAGCUUGCUGCCGACCGGAUCUCUGCGAGUUCAUCUAUCUCUCCCAGUAGCGCUGAAAGCUCGAUCGAGGGAGAGAAAGAAACAAGCAAGCAACCAGCGAGAUGAUCGGGUGGGCCGACGUGUACAAGGUGGUGGCGGCGACGGUGCCGCUCUACUUCGCACUGUUCCUGGGGUACGGGUCCGUGCGGUGGUGGCGCAUCUUCACGCGGGAGCAGUGCGACGCCGUGAACCGCCUGGUGGCCUUCUUCGCGCUGCCCUUCUUCACCUUCGAGUUCACGCUGCACACGGACCCGUUCCAGGUCAACUACCGCGCCGUCGCCGCCGACGUCAUCUCCAAGGCUGUCAUCGUCGCCGUCAUCGCCUGCUGGGCCAGGUUCGCCGCCGCCAAGGGCGCCGGCUGCGCCGUCGGCUGGUCCAUCACCAGCUUCUCCCUCUCCACGCUCACCAACUCGCUGGUCGUCGGCGUGCCCAUGGCCCGGGCCAUGUACGGCGAGUGGGCGCAGCAGCUCGUCGUCCAGCUCUCCGUCUUCCAGGCCAUCGUCUGGCUCACGCUCCUGCUCUUCGUGCUCGAGGUCAGGAAGGCCGCCAUCGGCAUGUACGUCGCUGCCGACGACUCCCCGGCGGCCAUCAAGGACGUCGAGGCCGCCGCUGCCGCCGCCACGGCCGCCGCCGAUGGCGCCGUGCCCGUCGCCAUCGGCGGCAAGCCGUCGCUCUGGGCGCUCGUCAAGGUGGUGGCGCACAAGCUGUCGCGCAACCCCAACACGUACGCCAGCUUCGUCGGCAUCACCUGGGCCUGCGUCGCCAACAGGCUGCACAUCGAGCUGCCCAGCGCCUUCGAAGGCUCGGUGCUCAUCAUGUCCAAGUCGGGCACAGGAAUGGCCAUGUUCAGCAUGGGGUUGUUCAUGGCGCAGCAGGAGAAGGUGCUGGCGUGCGGGCCGUGCUUUGCGGCGCUGGGCCUCGUGCUCAAGUUUGCGCUCGGCCCGGCCGCCAUGGCCAUCGGCUCCAUCGCCGUCGGCCUACGCGGCGACGUCCUCCGCGUCGCCAUCAUACAGGCUGCACUACCUCAAUCCAUCACAUCAUUUAUAUUCGCAAAAGAAUAUGGGUUGCAUGCUGAUGUUCUCAGUACCGCGGUUAUUUUUGGGAUGCUUGUCUCCUUGCCGUUGCUAGUUGGAUUUUAUAUUGUUUUAGAGUUAAUUAGAUAGACAAGGGUGCACAGCCUUAAGCCUAAUGAUGAAACACGUUCUUCCCUUGAAGCUGCCCAAACAUGCAUACUGACAACAAGUGCUAAGAAAUGUCUCCUGCUUUCAUUCCUCAUUGCACAAAACUGCAAAGGGAGUUAUUGAGUAAUAUCAAAUAUGUUUUAACAUGUAAGAAGAAUGCUUAUUCAUUCUGUUAUUAAAAUGAAUGUGUAGCAUGCAGAUUUGAUUUCGAGUU